CCGGAGGAGAGGCACGUGACCCGUGAUCGUCGCGGGGGCUCGGUGCGCAUGCGCCUCGGCGUUCCUGUUUUACCUGAGAUCUCUUCUGCUUCUGCUUUUUUUGGACAAUCAACACAAGAUAGAUGUGUAACGUCAACCGGCAGUGCCACUGGGUGCAGAGAGGACAGAACAAUUACAGUCGAUUCCAUUGAGUGGCAGACAAAGAUCUCAGGGGAACAAGCAGUGAAUGGCUGACGCAGAUCCAAGACGAUCCCCACUCUCAGGAUUCAUUCUUGUCGGAGUUGCAGGACCCCAAGAUGGGCAUUCCUACCUGUGGCCCCUGUUGCUGGUUAUAUAUCUUUUAAUCCUGGCAGGCAACGGCACUGUAGUGUACAUGGUCACCACGGACAAGCGCUUGCACAGAUCCACGCAUUUCCUCACCGCUAACCUGGGCGUCGUGGACUUGGUGUUGGCAACUGUGGUCCUUCCGACGAUGUUGGUGGGUCUCAUGUGGGAUGCCAGAGUUAUUCUGUGGAGAAACUGCUUUAUUCAGAUGUACUUUUUUCAUGGUAUGUCAGUAGUAAGGACAAUGACCCUCUCCCUGAUGGCUUACGAGCAUUCAGUAGCAAUAUGUAACCCCCAACGUCAUCUCUCCCUCAAUAGGGAUGAUAUCUUUGUCAAAAUGGCAGCUGUGAUCUGGGUCCUCGGUUUGACUUGCUUUCUGCCUCCAGUGGUUCAGGCUUCCAUUUUCCCACUCUGUGGAUCAAAUAAAGUUUACAAUUCCUUCUGUGAGCUACUGUCAGUGACACGCCUGAUUUGCCCAGAAACUGUCUCAGUCACAUUGUUCAUCGUUCUUUUAAACGUGUUGUUGCUCUUGUCAAGUUUGCUGAUCAUUGUCUGUUCAUACAUCAAAAUAGCUAAAUCAGUCAGAAUCACAACCCAGCCAGAGAGGAGAAGGGUCUGGUCGACCUGCAUCCCUCAUGUGGCUGCCAUUUGCAUGUUCUUCCCCCUCAAGAUACUUUAUAGUACAGCAUUCUGUGCCAGCUGUCUCUCGCCAGCCUUUGGUGUGAGCUCUGCCCUUCUGUAUGUAAUCCUAAACCCUUUGGUUAGUCCCUUCAUAUACAUAAUUACAACAAAGGAAAUGAAGGAAAAGAUUGCAAAACUCAUCAUAAAGACUCCUCACAUUGGAAGCACUGUCAGUGUGGAAGGGCACUGAGGUAUUAACUGUUCCAGUCAUGUUUGUGUUGAUUAGUUAACCUGAAGAUUCUGCUUUUUUUUUGGCAUUAAAGUUAAGUAUUGUGAUUUGGACCACAAUAGCAUAGUGUUCAGCAUGACGCUAUUACAACUCAGGGCUUCGGAGUUCAAUUCCAACACCCUUUCCUUGAGCCCAUGGGUUUCCUCCAGACGCUCUGGUUUCCUCCCACAUUCCAACGACGUACUGGUUAGUAGGUUAAUUAGUCAUUGUAAAGUGAUGGGUGUAAAUUAGAUCGGUGUAUU